GCAUAUAGGAGGCUGCAAGAAAUGUCUGUUACAAUUCAAUUAAAUAUGAAUAUCAUCAAUAUAUUGGGUUUGGGUUUAUGUUAAUUUUUUCAAUCCAGCUGCCUGAUGGCAACGCUUGCAUUAAAUAAUAAGUUAAUUGAAAGAAUAGAAGGCGAUUGAAUAAUUGAUAUUAUUUUACGAAAAGAAUAAUUGUUAUUGUUUCACGCAAGCGUUGCCGAUCGCUACGAUGAAAAAAUUAACCCAAAACUAGACCAAAUACAUUGAUGAUAUUCAUUUUUAAUUGAGUUAUAAGUUAUAAUAGACAUUUCUUGUAAUCUCGCAUAUGAACAUUGUCACAGGGCCUUUAAGCUUGCCGGAACCUCGUUUAUAAACAAAAGAUAAGCAGCCGGCAUCCGGCAAUCUAACUGGCGCAUACACUGUCACAGACGCACAACUAUAAGUAGAAAUACACUAUAGUGAUAUCGGCAGUAUUUUGCAAAUAUCUCGGAAACUAAAGUCGAUCACCGGUUAUAUAUAGAAAAAAGUUGUUCAAAAUGUUGAACUUUACAAUAUAUUUAGAAAUCAUCGGAUCGAAGUAGGUUUUCUACAAAUUCUCCUACAAAUUAAUUUGUACAUACUUUCUGUAUUCCUACUUGUAAAUUUAAAGUAUCGUGAACACGUCUAAGUAGUUAUAUGUAUUUGUUUUUACGGAUAAUCGGAUGUGUAUACAAAUACAGCAACUCUCUGCUUUGCCGACUACAUGUUUUUCACGUGGGCACAUGUGGGUAGUAAAAUUAUAUCAGAAGAGAUGAACUAAUCUAAUGAAUAACAUGGUGAAGACAACGCUUUUAGGAACUGUAUCUUUUAUUGUAUAUGUUAUCGUGAAUAACUAAACAAUCAAAGGUAGAAGAUAUUAAUAAAUUUCGAAACGGAGAUGAAAUUAGUGAAUUUUUUUUGUGUUACCUUGGUGUGUUUUAUCGUGUUUAUUGAAAUUUCUGGGCAGAAUUUAAAAAAUCCGACAGUUUUAAUAACAAUUUUAGUACGUAACAAAGCACAUACAUUACCAUAUUUCUUAACCUUCUUGGAACAACUGACUUAUCCUAAAGAACGAAUACAUCUCUGGAUAUGUAGUGAUAAUAAUAUUGAUAACUCAAUCGAAAUAUUAUCAGCUUGGCUAAAAAAUGAAAAGAGCAAGUAUCAUGGAGUUGAAAUAAAUUUUGAUGAAAAAUCAAACGGAUUCGAGGACGAAAAUGAAAUUUCCCAUUGGUCACCACAAAGAUUUUUACAUGUGAUAAAUUUACGCGAAGAGGCACUUCAUGCUGGAAGAAAUAUUUGGGCAGAUUUCAUUUGGAUGCUCGAUGCAGAUGUUUUUCUAACAAACCCGAAUACUCUUAACGAAUUAAUCUUGAAAAACGAAACUGUAGUUGCCCCGUUAUUGAAGUCUGAUGGCUUAUAUAGCAAUUUUUGGGCUGGAAUGACCAGUGAUUUCUACUAUUUACGAACAGAAAAGUAUGAACCUAUCUUAUUUCGGGAAAUAAAAGGAUGUUUCAACGUGCCUAUGAUUCAUAGCGCCGUCCUUAUAGAUUUAAGAAAACAUAUUUCGGACCUUUUAACAUAUGAUCCAAAAAAUUUGAAUCAGUACAGCGGUCCUAUCGACGACAUUAUAACUUUUGCCGUCGGUGCUAAUAAUUCUGAUAUACCAUUAUUUAUUUGUAACGAUAAUAUUUAUGGCUUCAUCAUGGUUCCGUUGGAAGAAGAAGAAACGGUCACUGAAGAUCUACAAAGAUUGACCAAUAUUAAGACAGAAAUAUUAUCCGACAAUAAUUACCUUCCAUUGUCAAUGCAUCUCGAGCGAUUUGUACAAUAUCCUACCGAGGAUACGUUGCAAGUGGACAAUAUUUAUAUGAUAAACCUUUUAAGAAGACCAGAAAGACGCGAGCGAAUGCACAAACUUUUUAAAGAACUUGGAAUUCGAGUAGAAACACAUGAUGCUGUUGACGGUAGGAUAUUAAACCAGUCUGUUAUUGAGAAAUUGGGAAUAGAGAUAAUGGCAGGAUACACUGAUCCUUAUCAUAAUCGACCAAUGACUAUGGGUGAAAUUGGUUGUUUUUUAAGCCAUUACAAUAUCUGGAAUAAGGUAAUAGAAAAUGGCUUUAAAAGUAUUAUUGUCUUAGAAGACGACGUUCGUUUUGAACCGUUCUUCCGUCAAAAAGUAAAUUACAUUUUAAGAGAAUUGGAAGACCUUCAAUUUGAGUGGGAUUUGGUUUAUCUGGGAAGAAAAAGAUUAGCAGAAAGUGCUGAAUCUUGGAUCGAUGGAUCAAAAUAUUUGGUACAUGCUGGUUACAGUUACUGGACAUUAGGAUAUAUUUUAUCUACAAGUGGUGCAAAGAAACUAAUAGAAGCAAUGCCGUUAAAACAAUUAUUACCCGUCGAUGAAUAUCUUCCUAUAUUAUCUGAUGUUCAUCCUAGGGAUGAUUGGAAAGUACAUUAUACAAAACGAAAUUUAAUAUUACUUUCCGCAAAUCCUUUAUUAAUUUAUCCGACGCAUUACACUGGUGAACAAGGAUACAUUAGCGAUACAGAAAAUUCUACGACUAUAUUUAACGACCAAAAUAUAAAUAAAUCGAAACGCGAAGAUCUAUGAAUACCAUAAACACUGCCAUAAACAAAUAGAUAUAAGAAAUAUUUAAGUAGCCUCUUCUGCUUUAGCAAAAGCAUUUUUACUACAUUGCAUUUAUACUACAUUUGCAUUUAUACUGCAAGAAUAUUCUUUGUGCAGAAAGUGAUACAUAUAAUGUUUUCAUUCUCUCUUACUCGUACCAACACCACAUGAUCACCCACCACGAGUCAGUUAACUAUGUGCCUAAACCGCAGGCUUGCUAUUACAUAUUACAAUACGUAAUAAAUUCUUUAAAAAGACCGGUACGCCCGCCGAGAAUCGAAUCCGGAACCUUUUGGUAGUAACCAGCUAGACUGUGUACUUCGAUACCAGUUCGCGUCGGAUCAAUAUAUAAUACAUUAUUUCGUUAAGUAUACAAGAUUUUUUGUUAAUUAUAAUAUUCGAUUGUUUUUAAAAAACAAAUUUAAAACAAGAUAUAUUUAAUAAACUUUACGAUAAAAUCGGUUAUUUAUAGAUAUUGUGAUGAUCUUCCCUAUAAAUUCCCAUUUUUGACAAUCUAUCAAAGAAAAUUUCGCUCAAUGAACACGCCGCUUAAAGUGCACUUCUGCUUUAUCUGUAAAGCGAGGUGUGGUUAAUUGGAACGGAUGAGUGUUCAGUUUGUAUUGUAGAGAAGA